AUGAUCACAAUUGUUGAAUACAUAACCUGCCGAUCAAUUUGUGUUACUCCUUCGAUAGAUGUUCAUACUGGAAAUCAGAACCAGGAAAACGAUGAUCAAAAUCCCGGGAAGGAUUUAGGUAAUGUCAAUGAUCCCAAGAAUCCGGUGAAUCAAGUUGUAAAGAAAAUAAGAAGAUGAAAACUACAUGUUCCUCAUGAAGAUACAGAGUUUAAUAUUGAUUUCAGUGAAGGACAACCACAUGUUACUCAUGAUUAUGUUUCUCCUGGUGGCACCUUGUAUUGGACUCUGAUUGUUUUAGACGACAUCAAACCAAAAGUUUUAUCAAAAUUUAAUUCAUAUGGUGAAGCAGAAACAAUGUAUAGAAAAUAUGCAUUAGAAUCUGGUUUUGAUGUCAGACUUGGAAGAGUCCAAAAAAUGAAAAAUGGGAUUAUUACAAAUAGACAUCUUGUGUGCAAUCGGGAAGGUAAUCCGAAUACUAGUAAACUAAAUACUCUAGAUAUUCAACAUAAAAAGACUCAAAGAAGGAAAGAUUUAUUUAGGAGGAAUUGUAAAGCGAAAGUUGUUUUAGAAAUAAUUCUCGGUACUCUUACAUAUGUUGUUGGUCCUUCCGUUCGAGGUGGAUUGGUUACUGAUUUCAAGAAUGCUAGGAGGAAUCUUAAUUGUUACAUAGGUGGGAGGGACGCGAAAUUCCUUGUUGACAAGAUGAAUGACAGGAAGAAAAAUGUCCCAUCAUUUACUUUUGAGUAUAAAGUGUCGAACAAGAGAUUGAAUUCUUUAUUCUGGGCUGACGAAACAGCAAAGUAUAAUUACAAUUCAUUCGGAGACGUUGUAUCACUCGAUGCCACAUUCAGCAUGAAUAAGUAUGAUAUGGUUUUUGUUUCGUUUAUUGGCAUCGAUAAUCACAAAAAAUGUGUAACAUUUGGUGCUGGUCUUUUAAGUAAAGAAGAUGGAGUUUCUUAUGAAUGGUUGCUUAGAGCUUUUUUUAAAGCUUUUAGAAAACAACCUCAAUUGGUUUUAUCUGAUCAAGAUCCAACUUUGAAAAAAGCUAUAGAUAAUGUUUUCCCAUUGGCACAUCAUAGGUUAUGUAUGUAG